ACCGGGCAGAACGCAGCGCGGAGUGGAGCCCACGCUGUAUUUGCCUUUGGGACCCGGGCUGGCGGGGUUGUCCCGCUCCUGAGCCGGGGGUGCUCSGGGCGCGCAGCCUGCUCGGGGCGUAUCCCCGAGGCUCCUCCCCAGGGCGUUGAGGAGGAGGAGAAGGAGGAGGAGAAGGAGUGGGGAGUCUCGGCCGUCCUUCCCCGCCCCGCGGGCUGACCCCGCGCGGGCAGGCAAGAGGCGGCGCGGCGGCAGGGACGUGCCCGGCGGGAUGCGCGCUUAGCGGCGGCCCYGGCCGAGCGCAGGCCCCGCCGGCUGCACCUGGCGCCGGGGGAAGCGGCCGCGGAGCGCCGCGUCCUGCGCCCUGACACYCACCAUGGAGAAGCGAGGGGAGGGCGAGCCGCUCUCCCACCCCUUGGAGCCCGAGCCCGAGCCGCAGCCGGCGCCGCCGGGGGAGAAACGCUUCAGGUUGUGGUACGUGGGCUCGUCCUGCCUGGACAGGCGGACCACGCUGCCCAUGCUGCCCUGGCUGGUGGCCGAGAUCCGCCGCCGCGGCCAGCGGCAGGAGCCCGGCGGUGGCCCGGGCAGCGGGGUGCCGGCCCGCGAGGUGCUGCUGCUCCUGGGCUCGCCCACGCUGCGCUGCGUGCCCGCCAGCCCCGGCCCCGCCGCCGGCCCCGGCCGCCCCGCCAGCCCCGCGCCCGCCGUCUUCAUCUUCGAGCACAAGGCGCAGCACAUCACCCGCUUCAUCCACAACAGCCACGACCUCACCUAUUUCGCCUACCUGAUCAAGGCGCARCCCGACAACCCCGACUCCCCCAUGGUUUGCCAUGUCUUCCGGGCCACCGACCCCAACCAGGUUCCUGAUGUCAUCAGCAGCAUAMGACAAGUCUCCAAAGCAGCACUGAAAGAAGAUGCCAAACCAAGUAAGGAUAGUGAAGAUGCCUUCUAUGACUCUCAAAAAUUUGAGGUCUUGUACUGUGGAAAGGUGACAGUGGCUCACAAGAAAGCUCCCUCCUCACUAAUAGACGACUGCAUAGAGAAAUUCAGCCUUCAUGAGCGCCAGCGCCUGAAACUGUUGAACGAGCAGCGGAAUAAUGAGUCGAGUUUGGAUCUGCCCCUGUGUGAAGAAAGCUCUCCAGCUUCUCCCUUGGAUAGCCCAUUUGAGGAGCUGGASAGCCCAAACAGCACCUCAGGCCAUGCUCCAAUGUUUACAAUUGGCAGCCAGACCAACCUGACCAACCUGGCCAGCACUCGCGGCUSCUUUCCAGAGAGGAUUUUGGAGGACUCUGGCUUUGAUGAGCAGCAGGAGUUUCGCUCCCGGUGCAGCAGCGUCACUGCAGGGAUGCCGAGAAGGGUUCAUGACACAAACCUGAAAACACAGUCCCGCAGGAGACACGCCAGUGCACCCAGUCACGUUCAGCCCUCUGAUUCUGAGAAGAACAGGACAAUGUUGUUCCAGGUUGGAAGGUUUGAAGUUAACCUCAUCAGUCCAGACACCAAAUCUGUUGUGCUUGAAAAGAAUUUUAAAGAUAUCUCCUCAUGCUCUCAGGGUAUAAAACACGUUGAUCACUUUGGUUUCAUUUGCCGGGAGUCUGUGGARCCUGGGUUAAGCCAGUAUGUUUGCUAUGUGUUCCAGUGUGCAAGUGAGUCUCUGGUUGAUGAGGUAAUGCUGACCCUGAAACAAGCCUUCAGCACUGCUGCAGCUCUKCAAAGUGCCAAGACACAAAUUAAACUGUGUGAGGCCUGCCCUAUGCAUUCAUUGCACAAACUUUGUGAAAGAAUUGAAGGACUCUAUCCACCAAGAGCCAAACUUGUAAUUCAGAGACAUUUGUCAUCACUAACUGAUAAUGAGCAAGCAGACAUUUUUGAACGUGUUCAGAAAAUGAAGCCUGACAAUGACCAGGAAGAAAAUGAACUUGUGAUCUUGCAUCUCCGUCAGCUCUGUGAGACUAAGCAGAAAACRCACAUUCACAUUGGUGAAGCGCCAUCGGUCAUUUCUAACAGUGCGAUUCCAGAAAGCACGACCAGUGGUGGCAGGUUUAAACUUGACAUUCUGAAAAACAAGGCAAAGAAAUCCUUGACUAGCUCUCUGGAAAAUAUCUUCUCAAGGGGAGCCAACAGAAUGCGAGGCCGCCUGGGAAGUGUGGACAGCUUUGAGCGCUGCAGCAACCUUGCAUCUGACAGAGACACUUCGCCGGGCGAUUCCCCGCCAGCUACUCCUCCGGCGUCCCCCGUGUCCUCGGCGUGGCAGACGUUUCCCGAGGAAGGCUCGGACUCCCCUCAGUUCAGGAGGCGGGCGCACACCUUCAGCCACCCUCCCUCGAGUGCCAGACGGAGGAUAACCUUCCAGAACGGCCGGUCCCAGAGCGCCCGCUCCCCGCUGCUGCGGCAGAACUGCGUGGAGGCGCCCAGUCCUGUGGUCGGGGUUCGGCGCGCUCUCAGUGAGAGUGAAUCUGCACCUGGUCUCCCCUCCUCUCUCUCUGCCCCUUCUUUCCUGAAAAGCUUUUACCAGGGCUCAGGAAGGUUGCUCCAGCACUCAGAAAGUGACCUCUCCAAGAGUGAUGGGGAGGGAAAGAAAAGAACAUCAACCUUCUGCAGCAGUGAAUCUCUAAAUGCUGUGGGGGCCACGCUCACACCUCGCCGCAUCUCCUGGCGGCGGAGAAUAUUCCUGCAGGUAGCUUCACCUAUGAAUAAAUCUCCUUCCAAGAUGCAGCAUCCAGAUGGUCAUGACGGAAGUGAGUUGUUACCCUUAUCCCCUCUUGCUCCACCCCUGGAGGAGGACCCUCUUGUUCUAGUAUUGCAAAAUGAGGAUGGUCCAGAUAAAACUGGAGAGAGGAAAAACUCAGAAGAACUACAAAGUCUGUGGAGAAAAGCCAUCCAUCAACAAAUUCUGUUACUUCGAAUGGAAAAAGAAAACCAGAAGCUGGAAGCAAGCAGAGAUGAGCUCCAAUCAAGAAAAGUAAAACUGGACUAUGAUGAAGUUGGCACAUGUCAGAAAGAUGCCAUAAAUAUUUGGGAUAAGAAGCUGCUAAACUGCAGAGCCAAAAUCCGAUGUGACAUGGAAGAUAUUCAUUCCACUUUAAAAGAAGGUGUACCAAAAAGUCGUCGGGGAGAAAUUUGGCAGUUUUUGGCUGUGCAACACCGAGUCAGGCACAGGCUGCCAAACAAGCAGCAGCCUCCUGACAUCUCUUACAAAGAACUUCUGAAACAACUGACUGCUCAACAGCAYGCCAUCCUUGUAGACCUAGGACGGACAUUCCCUACACAUCCUUACUUUUCCACCCACCUGGGAGCAGGACAGCUGUCACUCUUUAAUCUCUUGAAAGCGUAUUCUUUGCUGGACAAAGAAGUGGGUUAUUGUCAAGGUAUAAGCUUUGUAGCUGGAGUUCUGCUCCUCCAUAUGAGUGAAGAACAGGCCUUUGAAAUGCUGAAAUUCCUCAUGUAUGACCUUGGCUUCCGCAAACAGUACAGGCCAGACAUGAUGUCGCUACAGAUUCAGAUGUAUCAGCUCUCAAGGCUUCUACAUGAUUAUCACAGAGACCUGUAUAAUCAUCUCGAAGAAAAUGAAAUCAGUCCCAGUCUUUAUGCUGCACCAUGGUUCCUUACACUCUUCGCAUCUCAGUUUCCAUUAGGAUUUGUUGCCAGAGUAUUUGACAUUAUUUUUCUUCAAGGAACAGAAGUCAUAUUCAAAGUAGCAUUGAGCCUACUCAGCAGUCAAGAGACAUCUAUAAUGGGAUGUGAAAGUUUUGAGAACAUUGUUGAUUUUCUUAAAACCACUAUUCCAGAUAUGACUAAGCCUCAAAUGGAAAAAAUUAUUACACAGGUAUUUGAGAUGGAUAUUUCAAAACAGCUCCAUGCCUAUGAAGUAGAGUACCAUGUUCUUCAGGAUGAACUGCAGGAAAAUGUGAGUCCCUGUGAUGAAGGYGAACCCCUGGAGAAGUUGGAGAGGGCAAACAAUCAUCUGAAGAGGCAAAACAUGGAUUUGUUGGAGAAGCUACAGGUUGCUCAUGCUAAAAUUCAGAGUCUGGAAGCCAGCCUGGAGACUGUAUUGACGCGAGAGAACAAAAUGAAGACUGUAAUUCAGUCCCUGGAACAGGAGAAGAUAACAUAUCAAAAGACUCUCGAGCAGAUAGUGAAAUAUUUGCCAGCGGAAGUGUUGUCUGACUGUGAACUUCUCCUGAAGGAAGUAAACUACAACCCAAAUAAUAAAAUAUGGAGUAAGCCAUAAACCAAGAUUUUCUAGGCAGCAUUUCUUAAAAAAAAAAAAAAAAAAAGGGAAAGAAGAAAUGAGUACGCUGCUUUCAAUAGCUAC